GACCCGACACAGCUCGGACCGCGCACCACUAUUCCGCCCUUACUGAGGCCACUUCCGCCGAAGCAUCUACUUCCGCCCCUAGGGAGGCGGGUGUAAGCACGGCACUUCCGGCCCCGGCCAGCAGAGCUUCCACGGUCUCGAGUCUCGGCGCCGGCGGUCAGCGGGGCUGGGGGUCAGUCGGCACGAGGAAGGGUCAGCCUCCUGUACGGACUCGUUAGGGUCCAGACACCCUCGCUGCAGCCGGGAGAGGGAACACGAACCCGCGCUGCUGUGGCGUUUAGGCCACCUCGGGGUCGUCCCAAGCACUUGCCCCCAACACGAGCAUCUCGCGGCCCCCGCCCAUCCCUUCCCGGGCUCGCGGGCUCGGCGGUCCACCCCAGGCCGCCUCCACCCCCAGCUUCGGCCCUCGACCCCACGCCUCGCCCCAGAUGAGCCCCGCGGGGGGCUUCUUUGGCGUCUACCUCCUCUACUGCCUGAACCCCAAGCACCCGGGCCGCGUCUACGUGGGCUUCACGGUCGACCCAGCGCGUCGCGUGCAGCAGCACAACGGGGGCCGCAAGAAAGGCGGGGCCUGGCGGACGAGCGGGCGCGGGCCCUGGGAGAUGGUGCUCAUCGUGCACGGCUUCCCUUCAGCAGUGGCCGCCCUUCGGUUCGAGUGGGCCUGGCAGCACCCGCAUGCCUCGCGCCGCCUGGCACACGUGGGUCCCAAGCAGCGCAGCGAGGCCACGUUCGCCUUCCACCUGCGCGUGCUGGCGCACAUGCUGCGCGCGCCGCCCUGGGCGCGCCUCCCGCUCACGCUGCGCUGGCUGCGCCCCGACUUCCGCCAGGAGCUGUGUCCACCGCCGCCGCCGCACGUGCCGCUGGCCUUCGGGCCUCCGCCCCCGAGGCGCCGCGCCGCCCCCUCUGCCCAGCCGGCCCGGGACCCGGACUCCGAGGCCCGCUGCAGCCUGUGUGCCCGCGAGCUGCAGGAUGAAGAGGGGCCCCUGUGCUGCCCGCACCCCGACUGUCCCCUCCGCGCCCACAUGAUCUGCCUGGCAGAGUUGUUCCUGCAGGAGGAGCCUCAGCAGCUGCUGCCCCUGGAGGGCGAGUGUCCCGGCUGCAGGAACUCGGUGCUGUGGGGAGACCUGAUCUGGCUGAGCGGCAAGGGCCACCAGGAGGCAGAGGACGAUGAGGAAUUCAAGGAGGCACACUGGACAGACAUGCUGGAGACUGACCAGCCCCCACACCCCUGCACCUGACCCUCUGUACCCUCUAGACCUGACUUCCCUCCCCCUACACCUGCCUUCUGCCCCCAACCUACCCUCUUCCCAUUCCUUUUCUCUGCCCUCCCUGCUCAUCUGAGGGGUGUAAAUAUGCAUUUUUUACUCAGUUCAAUAAAAUUUCUGAAUAAUGGG